GGCAUUUUGAAAUUGAUAUAUGUAAUAAAAUACGUGAUUGACAUAUAUCGAAUAAAAAUAAAAUAAAGAAACUUAUAGUUUCUAUACCCUAUCGAUCGAUUCCGUGCAUGCGUAAUAAACAAGUAUAUGUGCUAUAUAUAUAAGGUAUAUUUAUGUAUAUAUAUGUACGUAAUCCCUGGUUUACAAUAUGCAACUUGUGCCUAUUCACUUUCGGUAAGUGGAAUCGUGAUACUUUUGGUGCGGUGCUUUCGUUUCUUUUGCUUUUUUUUCCCUUUUAGUAGUGAUAAAUUUGUUGUAUUUCGUCAAUUGUAUCGUAUCGUAUCGUAUCGUAAUCAUUAGCGCGUUAUCAUUACAUCGCUAUAAUUCUAAAGAAGGAAGAAAAAUAGAAAAGAGGAAAAUGCGAAUGAAAAAUUGAAUUUGUUUCCGUUCAAUUUUAUAUGUAAAUUUUAUAAAUAAAAAAAACGCGAAGAAAUCACAUGCUACAAUGUCAAGAAUGGAUUGUAUAAUCGCACCUCGAGUACCUCGAGGCUUGGCUCACGCGGUUGAAGGACUUUCAAGAGAAAUUUUACGACAAAAACCUCGAAAUAUUUACGCAUUUGCGGCUCAACAUUUUGCAAAAUUGGUCGAAUUGAGAGAUAAAGAACAUUGUCGUACCGAUGAAAUCGUUUCGAAGAUUUUGGAUUACAAAUCGGUGAAUCGUGAAUACGAUAAUAUUCUCGAUUGGGCUGGAUUUAAUAAGAACGUAGUAGAUGGUAAUAACGAUAUCGGUGACGUUAAAAAUUGGAACGAUCUUUUUUUUGUUUGUAAAUACGACAACUGGAUGGAAAAAGAAAUGACAUCUACGAUAAAAGAGAGGAGAGAAACGAAUGUGAUACCGAAGAAAAAAAAAAGAGAAAUGGAAACUGGAAUCGGUUGGUCCAUAAAUCAAACUGUCAAAGUAUUGAAAAAGCACGAAUAUGCGACGUGUCAUAUUGAAGAAAGUGAAAAUUUGUGCGAUGUACGAUCAAAGAGAAAAGAGAUCGAGAAAAUAAGUCCCGAUCACAUUGAUCAUGGUUCGCACCAAUUUUCGAGAAAAAUUAUUUGCGGACAAUGUUUUCGAUCUGUGUCAGCUGAUAAUAUAUCAUUAAGGAGAAAUAUCAAAGAUGAGGAAGUGAAAGAAAAACGGAAAAAAUUGCGUAAGCUUGCUUUGGAUAAGUAUGGAAUAAGUAAGAUAGAAAAAAAAUGUGAAAAAUGCGAAAGAAACGCGUGCAAUUUGAUACGGCAAAAAAGUGCCGACCAGAUCGAAAGAACAUGUAUACAUUUUAAAUGUGGGAAUGGAGAUGGAAAUAUCGUUGGUCGAAGAAGAAGUCGAUCACUCGUAAACAACGAAGAUGGGAAAGAAUCGAACGGGAGCGUGGAGGAGUAUCGAAGAACGCAGCGAUGGCAAUAUGGGAUAGAGGGUGGAAUGUUUCGAAAUUUAAAAGAACAAUGGAGGAGGAUAAUGAUCGAAGAUGAGGAGACGGAGAUGCGCAAAUUGGAAGAAAAAUUGAGCGAUAUUGAAAAAGAAGGUGUCGCGAAAUUGAAUUUGCGAUUAGGAAAAAAGUAUGAGAAAGAAGAAUUGAAAAAUAACGAAAUGGAAGAGGGUACGUUUAACGAUAAGUCACGGAAUAAUGAAGUUUCUAACGAUGUGACGAAUAAAAUGAUGACGAGUAUCGAUCGAAUUGACAUUUCAGUGACGCUUCCGUCUGUAAUUACGCGACCACCAUCUUCUGGAAAAUCUUCUACGGGAAGGAAUAUCGCGAAUCACGAAUUCGACGAACGGAAUAACACGAACAAUUUCACUUUACCACCGAUUUCGAGCGAUGGAUCGAAGCCGAUGAAGAAAGAGAACGAUUUAACGUUACCAUUUUUAUCGAACGAAACUGAUAUCCGACUGAACGAAGAAACGAUGCGAUGUCGUGGACGCGAAGAAUCAAAUUCGAAUCGAAAUCGCAAAGAUAUCGAAAUUAUUGCAAAUACCGAUUACGAUUCGAAAGCGAUUGAGAAAGAACACGAAAGCGAGAAUUCGAAGAGCGAUGCGAACGAUGAUAACGACUCGUGGAAAUAUGAUUGGCACAAGUGUGAAGAGAAUGGAGUUGUUACGCGGGAAAAGAUGGAGCAAAAUACCGAUGAAAUACAUGUCCUGGGAGAAUUAGAAAUUCUGGAAAGUUCAAAUUUGGAACAAAUGGAGAUCGAGGAAACUUUUAAAGAUAGUUUGAACGUUACACCAGAUUCGUUGGAGUAUUCGAAGAAAGAGGAGAAGGAGAUGAAAGAGGAGGAGGAGGAAGAGAAAGAACAAUAUCGAUCGAAUGAACUCGAAAGGAAAUUAAUGGAAAUAGAAACGGUGGAGAAAAGUAUCGAAAAUACGCUAGCCUCGUCUCGAACGAUUUCAACUUUUAAUAAGGAAUUGGAAGAAUCGCGUUUAAUUAAAUAUAAUAUCGAGAGAAAUUUGGCAUCGCAAGUAUUGGAAAGCGUGUGCAAAACCGAUAACGAAAACGAUACGAUAAUUAUCGAGAAUGAAACGAGAAGACAAGAGAUAUGCGAAGGGGAUGAAUGGACAAGGAAAAAUUUGGAUAAAAGCGAGAGAGUGGGCGGAGAAAGCGAAGAAUAUAAUAUCGAAAUCGAAUCGAUGGAAAAAUCUGAAAAAAAUUGUUCCGACGAUGUGGAAAUUUUCAUUAAAGGUGAUAAUAAUAACGAGAUCGUUUCGAACGUUCGAGGAACUUGUGAUUAUUCCUCGAAAAGAGAAAUUGAUCUUUCUUGCUAUGUCCUUACCGAAGGAUCCCCUUGUGAAAUACCGGAAAUUGUAACCACCGUUAUUAUACCGGAUAAAAUUGAAUUUGAGAUGGACGAAACGAACGACGAAAAUAUUACGAACGAUAUCGUUGGUGAUGACGUUCCAUGUUGGAAUAAGCGCGAGAAAGAAUAUCGGGAUGAUCGUGCGGAUCCGUUUGGAGAAUAUGUGGAACGUUCGGAAACGAUUGACGACGAUCAUUCGUCCAGCGUUCAUGCUCAUUUUUUGCAGGAUAUAAAGAAUACGAUUUAUCGAACAUCGUCUCUUUAUCAAGAGGAUCUUCUUGGAAAUAUCAAAGAGGAAGAAGAAAAUGAAAGAGAGAAAUUUUGCAACGUUACGGAGCGUAGCGUUGAUUAUACGAGUGAUUCCUCGCAAACAAAGCCGUCAAAUUGCAACGACGAGGAAGAGUAUAAAGUUGAUACGACGAACGAUACGUUCCACGUUUUUACGAGUGAUGCGAGUCUAAGGGAAAGAGGAAAGAAAGAGGAAAGAGAAACAUGGAGAUCCGAUCGUUGGAUCGAUGAAUUUUCUCCGUCGUUCGAACAAACUGGACUAAAAUUACCCGAAUGCAGUUCGAAUUCGCGUGAUAUUGAAACAUCGACAUCGUCGAUCGAAGAAAACGACUCGAGAAAUUUUGAUGAUGAUGAUGAUCGAUCGAAAAAUGACGAUGUUCACGAAGAUGAAAGUACUUUCAUAGAUUGUAAAGAUAAACAGCCGAUCGAAGAAAUUUCUCUUGAGAAAAAUGAAUGUUUUCGAGAAGAAGUAUUUAUCGAACAACCGCCAAAAGAUGAAACGAUCGAGGAUGAGAGAAACAAAACUGAAACUUCAAAAUUUGAAGACGAUAAAUCUAUCGAUAUGCCUGUUGUUUGUGAUAAAUAUGGAAACGAUUCUCGUUUCGUGGAAGAGGAAAUUGCGAGAGAAUUGAUACAAAAUUUUAUUCUCGACGCGUCGAUAAUUUGGGAAAACGUUGAAUCGAGGGACGUGACUGUUUUCCCGCUUAAGGAUCCGAUAUCUUCCACUUGUAAAUCUGGAUUGAAUGAUUUUGCGAUUAAAUUUCAUCCAUCCGUGCAAGAAUCGACACUUGAAACGACGAUCGAUCAUCUUUCUUAUCGAGAAGAAAUCGAUGAUAUUCGAUCGUGUGACGAGCAAAUUAUAAAAGAAAAAAAGAAAAAUGAAGUAGAAGAAAGAGAAAACGAACAAGAAACGAGCGAAGAAAAAGAAGAAACAGAAAAAGCAAAAGAUGAAAUAAAAAUGACUUUUUCCGAAAAUCAACAAAAGAGAGACGAAAAAAUUGCCAAUUUUCGACACACUGGAGAAUUUCACGAUUCCUUGCCGUUACCUUUUGUCGAAAUUUCAAAAAAUAUUUUAUUCACCGAAAAUGUUUGUCCUUUAAAAUCUAUACAUCGAACGACGAAUGAUAUUAUCCUUACGCUUCCAAGUAACGAAAGAUAUGCAACAGUUUCUCCUGGCGUAACAUUAUUCGAUUCUUCUCGGAUAACUGUUCCUCGUGGCAUCGAUAUCUUGAAAAAUUUCACGUUAUUCGUAAACAAAUCGAAUUGGACCGAAUCACCUUCUCAAAACGCUUCGUCUCCUAUCCUUCGCAUUGAUCGUGCGUUCGAUCAAGCUUGUACAACGGAAAAAAUUCUCGUUCCACGUGUGGAAGAGACAAAUAUGGAUUUCAAUACUGAUGAUAUACGUGAGCCAUUAGCGAUCGAUGAUACACCAAGGCCUAUAAUUAUAGAAGAAAUUGAUAUUGCAAAUAUCGAUGAAGAAAAAGAAGAAAUUUUUUUCGAAGAACGAAUGUACGAUAGCGAAUGUAAGGAUAAUAUCGAGAAGGAAAAAGAAUUAUCGUCGAUCCAUGAAACAAAUUGAAUUGGACAAUAAUUUAUUUUAUAAGUGCAUUAUGCUUUAAAAUAUAUAUAUAUAUAUAUCAACUAUAUUAUAUGUUAUAUUAUACAUAUAUAUAGAAGAUA